UCACCAAAUGCAAAUCCCUAAAGCACACAGGAAACUGAUAGUACGUCAGUUUAUCAAUAACCCAACAACAAGCCUGAGCGUGCUUGCAAUGAGAAUAGGCCAGAUGAUAUGCGUGGAUGAGCGGGACAUACUGAGAUAUUUAGAGAGUGUUACGGUCAGCAGUGCAUUUGGAAGGAUGCUGAGGAAUGAUGUGUUUAAGGAGCUGGAGAAUGAGGAAGAUGGUGGCGAGAGGGUGCACAACGUGCAACGGGCACAGGAACGGGAACGGGAACGUGGAAGGAGAGGAGAUGACAGGCCGGAUGUAAAACCGAUGAAAAUGCAGGGACCGCAGAAAAGCACGUAUAGUGGUGCACAGACAGACACAGACAGCUCACACACAAAUUUUACGCAUUCACGCAUCAUAUACCACACUUUUAACACGCCGUAUGACCAGUCCGGCUCAUACAGGCACUUCGCUGCGAAGUGGGAGGACGUGCAUCCCAACAUGCACGCACAGGAUACACAACAGGACACGCUUGCUAAACGACCAAAGACGGGCAGGAGGGACUACAGCAAGGACUACAGUGCACGGGAUUUCACAGGAGAGUACGGCACGAGGAAGAGGGAUGCACGCACCGAUAUGCGAGAACAGAAGCAGAGCGUAGAUUUGGGCACCUGCGAAAGGCUGAUCAUCGAGGAUGUUGAUGCUGAUCUGAUCGUUGAUCUGCUGGUAAUCUUCAAUUUUGUGUUCGCGUUUUACGAUGAGCUGAAAAUCGGGGAGUGCAAGGAGAUCAGGAGGUGUGUGCAGGGAGAGAGCAAAGCUGUCAAGAGGGGCAGAAAGGGAAAGAAAAAGACGGUCGAUGUCAGGGAUAAGGAGGAAGGAGCACAUACAGCUGCUGAACACACCUGCGAUCCCUUCUCAGGCGACUUCACGCUCCAGCAGCUCAUUCUCAUCAUCAGGAACGGCUUCGCAGAUCUUCUGCUGGUUCUUCUCAGGCUGGUCGCCAACGAGCGCAGAACAGAGCGCCUGAACAACUUCAGAGAGAUGGUGGCGAGGGCCAUAAACACGUUCUAUCCCGAUGCAGCAGACAACCCGCUCACGAACACCAAGCGUAUCCAGUGGUUCAGCAAGCCGCUGACAGCCAAGAAUGUUUUGCUGGGCGUGAACAGCCUGUUUGUUGACAUGAAGCGGGUGAUGGAGGUGAAGAACGUGGUAUCUCUCAAUUCAAAGCAGUUUGACAGCCGUGUGAAGGUGCUGAAGUUCCUUGUGGAUGUGUUGGUGGAGGGAGGUGCAGUCAGGGGAAUGGUGAGCAAGGACAGGGACAGGCAGUGGGAGAAGAAGAAGAGCGCACUCAAGAGCGAAAUAAGGCGAAUAAAGAGCGAAAUUAAGAUGAGCAAGGGUGCGCUGCGGAGUGGGUCAGAUGAGAAGGGCAAUGCAGAAGGUACCAAGGGCAGGAGAAGCAGUGCUGCCAAGGGUGGUACUGCCGUAACAAACAAUUCGAUUGAACCAAAGAAUGCAGAACUCGCCAACAAAGUCGCGGCACUCACCGAGCAGUUUGGUACGCUGAGCAAGGAGUACAACAACCUGGAGAUAAAGUGCUUUAAGAACCGCUUCAACUCCGAGCUUGGUGAGUACGAUAGCAGACAGCUGCUGUACAUGGACAGAAAGGUGAUAUUCAUCAGGGAUGGUGUGGUGUACUGCCUGAAAAGAAGUGAUGUGGAGAGCGUGAUGGAAUACGUAGAUGAUGAUACGAAGGGAAAUCUGAGGCUUGCGCUGAUGUGCGUUGUCUGAUCGUGUGCUGCUUAUAUACUUUUGUAAAGCUUAUCCGUUUAUGUGCAUAAAAUAAUAAGAUCCAAAGCGCUGUACAUCACAGUUGACCGCUAUUACUACAUCAAAACGACCCAUCCGUGUUCGUUAUCGAUAAACACCAAAUUAUGCAAAAUAUAUUCUUGUAAUCUUCUCACCAUAAGAAACGAUCAACAUCAAAAAAUGCGCUAUUACUAUCUCUCAUCCAUCUACCACAACGUAUGUCAAACCUCAAAUUCCUCAAUAAAAAUAGCAGUUCCGUUGCAGCCCAUGCAAUGAUCAACCACACUGGUAUUCGUUAAUAGUUCAACAUGAUUCAGGUAAAUUGCAAAUUUUGAGCACCAAUCCUUUAAGUGUGGCACCAUACCUACAUGUUUGUAGGUGCUCUCCACUAACACGUCUACUCAGGCCAUGUCUAUGAAGUAUCCUCUUAACUGUUCAAAUGCCUCGAAUAAUCGGCGUAUUCUUUUCGUAAAUUUUUCAGGUAACAAACGUGAUGCAUUAAUUAAAUUAUGCAUUUGAACUGAAAGGCU